AUGCAAAUGUUGUAUCCAUCUGCUUUGAUAUCCGAGAAGUGCUCAAGAAGCUUGUUUCCAAGGUGUGAGCUACAUGCUCGGUAUGUAAUAUUGAUAGAACAAUCAAGGAUCUGGUUGAAGUGUUCUACAAUCUUUUUAGGCUGGCUAAAAUCAAAGACUAGCAAGGAUGUGGUGUCUUCAAUUUCGUCAAUGACAUUCUUGCAUUCUUCUCCAACAUCGUAUCAUACUUACCCAAAGGCCAAGUUAGAAGCCAUUGCUGGUGUAGACUGGCUUUGA